CGCUGCCCUUGCGUCAACUGAUCAUAAUAUGCCGUUACUAGUACUAUAGGACCAUGAGAAUAUCCUUCCUUCUCUUCUUGCUUGGCACGCUGUCGGUGGAUGCGUUCGCACCAACAUCAAGAGUAUCGACACGGUUUCGUCUUGCGGCAGCUACGGAAUCAGUCCCACAACAACCAGACGUAGAAGAAGUUGAUGUGGUCGUGGUGGGUGCUGGCAUUGGUGGUCUUUCAUGUGCGGCCCUGAGUUCUUACUAUGGCUUAGAGACGGUCUGCCUGGAGGCUCAUGAUACGGCUGGUGGAGUGGCCCAUUCCUUUGAUCGUUAUAGUUCUGCCUCCAAGACGGUUCCCUUUCGGUUUGAUGCCGGUCCUUCCUUGAUUAGUGGUUGUAGUCGUCCCAGUACAAAUCCAUUGCGACAGCUAUUGGAUGCUGUGGGAACUUCUAAUGAGAUUGAAUGGAAACAAUACGAUGGAUGGAUCAUUCAUGACUACGCCGAUGGAAAAUCUUUCAAACUAACCACGGGUGAUUCGGGAGCAUUUGAAAAGGCGUUGGAAGAAAAAGAGGGCAAGGCAUCUCGAGAGGCUUUUGAAGCCUUCAAAGACAAGAUUUUAGCCGAUGGAGGCAUUUCUGAAGUGAGCGCCUACAUUCCUCCCUUUGCUCUCCGGGGAGAUAUUUGGAUUGGGGCGAGUCUUGCACAGUACUUUCUCAAGUUGCUGCGGAUUGGAACCAAAGGACUCCUGUUGACUGGACCCUUUUCCAAGCUCAUGGAUAUGUACGAACUCCAAGAUGAAUUCGUAAGAAAAUUCUUUGACUACUUGGCGUUUGCAUUGAGCGGACUCGAUGCUGCCCACACCCAAGCAGCACCGGUUGCCUACAUGAUGUCGGAUCUGCACAAACCUGGAAUGGUCUUGGAUUAUCCCAUGGGAGGCAUGGACUCGUUGAUUCAAUCUUUGGUCAGCGGAUGUGAAAAGCACGGGGGCCAAGUUCGUGUCAACAGUAGAGUGGACAGAUUUCUCCUGGAAGAAGGAUCAGGUGUUUUUGGUGGGAAUCAAGCAGAGUGUCAUGGAGUAGUUUUGGCUGACGGCAAGGUUAUCAAGGCUCGAAAAGGUGUCGUCAGCAACGUGCCUUUGUGGAACAUGGCGAGCAUCCUAGAUACGUCCACAGGAGAAAACGAUAGUGGCGCCGUGGCAGAAGCGGUCCGAGAAAUACGACAACAAGCCGAUGGCAUGGAAAUGACAGGUUCCUUCAUGCAUCUUCAUCUUGGAAUCCCGAAGGACGGGUUGGGUGACGUUGAAUGCCAUCACUCGGUGCUGGACUUCAGCAUUGACGUGACAGCAGAGCAAAACAUGGUAAUCAUUUCCAUACCGACUGUCUUUGAUCCCAAUCUAGCACCCGAGGGAUAUCACAUUGUCCAUGCGUAUACUGCGGCGUGCGACAGUUUCGAUGAUUGGCAAAAGUAUCUCGAAACUGAACAGGAUAGUGGAAUUGUUGGCAGUAGCCCCAAUGCUGGAGCAGCGUCCAAAUACAAUACGAUGGAUGGAUACAAUGAACUGAAAGAGCAAAAGGCAGAGGUUCUGUGGAAAGCUAUUGAGUGUGUCAUACCCGAUGUCCGUGAUCGUGCCAAACAAGAAGGUUCCAUUGUAAUGAUUGGGACACCGCUCACACACAGACGCUACAAUCAACGGUUUCGUGGGACGUACGGUCCAGCUCCAGGUUCGGGCAAAGAUGUUUGGGAGCUUCCGGGAGCAUCAACUAAGAUCAAGGGUCUCUUGGCGUGUGGUGACACUACGUUUCCAGGUAUUGGUCUUCCUGGAGUUGCAGCAUCAGGGACGGUGGCCGCCAACACUUUGGUAGAUGUACAGAAACAAACCGAGCUGAUGAAUCGCCUCCGAGAAAGCGGAGCACUCCAGUAGAGAGGUGCUCUUGCCACCAGAAGAAUAUGCACAUACCACAGCUAGAUGAGAGAAUAAAACUAUUGGUGGAUAGCUCUAGCUACAAGGGCUCAGAACGACUUGAUUAGAGUUAGCACAAGACUCUGCUUCGUGAUUCGUUAGGGGUGAACUCCGACCCCCGAAAAUAUUCAUCUUCAGCAACUCCAGCUGAGUCGUUGGCAUGCAGUGCGCAAUCCGAGUGAAAAUCUGUGACAGAUCCGAAUGCUUU